AUGGACUUCAUGGAGACCAAGUACCCACAUGUUGACACCAUGAAGGCCCUUGGAAUCUUUGAGAUGUGGAGUUGGUCUCAAGAACAUGCACUUGGCCAAGCUUUCUCUACCACAUGGAAUCCUACAAGGAGCUCACUUGUGAGUUCUAGCUUCAAUGAGGUCCAAGGCAGCUCAGAUCAGGAGCCCAGUCUUGAGAUAUGUGCACAAGGCACUUGCCAACACCUUCUUUGCAAGGAAGGCACCGGGACAAUCAACGAGGGGGAACUCAAGUUUCUUGACAUGGGAAUCAAGCCCAUUCUCUCACGCACAAGCGAUGGCAAGAGGAUCAGGGGAGAUAGAUCUGACACAGGGAACUUGAUGCCUUCCUUGACCACCUCCUCACCUACAAGAUCACAGCUUACAACACUAGGCACCAAAGAGGAAGAAAGCUUAGUAUUGGAGGGCUCAUCACACCUAUCUUGUGUGCUGCUGGAGUAA